AUGUCAAGCGACAAUCCAUUCCCGUCGCCAGUUGGUGGUGUUCCAAUGUCUUCUGACUUUGGGACAUCAAUCGUUUUCUCCUUACUAUAUUUCUCACUCGUACCCGUCUUCGUUUCCCGGCUAUAUAACAAGCAUUCGCGGGUCGUCGUGAGCAUCAACGCAAUCAUUACAACCAUAGAAAGAGUCAUAAUCUUCUCCCUACGAGCCUGGCAAUCCCGCGACCCAGCGGAAAGGACAUCCCUGGCAUUGACGACUUACAUGCAAGUUUCGAUUGCUUUGCCAUAUAUUUCCAUGGCAAUCGAUGUCGUGGCUCUUCUGCGCUGUAUGUAUGUGAACUCUACCAAGGGUCCGGCAGCUUUUACAGACCCGCAAGAUUCUCCUGUCGCUCCUUCGAUGUCGUCUUCUAUGCAUCCUCUUUCCCCAUUUCACAGUGCUUCGCUUCGUCUUUCGGAUGACAUACACGACGACCCAAAAAAGAGGUUUUUCUAUCGCUGGUUUACCGAUGUGCUGAAGCUGGCCUUCCUCGCUGCUAUUGUCCCGGGCAUAAUUGGUAACGCGCAUUACCGUGGUGGAAUGGAUAGUACAAGCACAGCCAACGAGGUGAUGAUCACGAGAUACCUAAGCUCCGGUAUUGCUCUCUUCCUCAUACUUUUCGUGGCAGCCCUGGUCGUUCGCGCCAGACAUCUGCCCAAAGUGAAGCCGAUUCACGUUAUGCUACUUCUUUCCAUCCUCGCUUGCAACGCAUCCUCUGCGAUCUUCCGAUUGUCGUUCAUGUAUCACCGCACGACCUCCCUUGCAUCAACAGCACCGGGCUCGGGUAACACUUUUUUAGAAAAGGGAACGUUCUAUAUAUUCCAUAUGCUCAGUGACUGGCUGGCCGUCGCUCUGCUGCUCGUUCCGAAUAUCAGAGCCAUCUUUAAGACGGGCAUGUGGGGGGACUGGAGAGCUGUUGAUUCUCUCUCUGAAGAACAGGAACGGGCGAGAAAAAGGAAGGAAGCUAAAGCACGCAGGAGUGGGCAUAUUGUUUGA